AUCCUCAAGAGUCUUGGUUACAACCGACUUGUCCUCCAAAUUGGUAGAGGCACAGUGGUCCCUGAAUCAUUCAGUAGUGAUUCAUUCACUCUGGAUGUUUACAGGUAUAAGGAUUCUUUGAAAGAAGACCUUCAGCAAGCAGAUCUUGUCAUCAGCCACGCAGGUGCAGGAAGCUGUUUGGAGAGUCUGGAAAAAGGCAAGCCACUUGUGGUAGUUGUAAAUGAAAAGUUAAUGAACAAUCAUCAAUUCGAAUUGGCAAAGCAGUUGCACAAAGAAGGACAUCUUUUCUAUUGUACCUGCAGUCGAGAUUUCAUUCUUUAUCGAUAUCCUGGAAAACCACCAAUGCAGGUCACAGAUAAUGGCUUUGAAGAAAAGAUUCUUCUUUGUUAUUCAAACAAUGGCCAUUAUGAUUCUGUGUACUCAAAAGAAUUUCAGUCAACUGCAGGAAUUUGCCAAGCGAUAUUGUAUGAAAUUCUUUAUAAAGAUGUAUUUGUAGUGGAUGAAGAAACAUUGAAAACUGCAGUUCAUUUGUUUCGAAGUGGUUCCAGGAGAAACAGAAACAACGCUUUGACUGAAAAUGUAGAAGCCAGUACUGAUCAGAAGAAUGUGGUGCCUCUUCCAAUGUCAAAAGUACACCAGAAGACAGCAAGCAAGGAACAGCAGAAGGAUUAAAGUUUCCAGAAAAUCCAUCAAGGAUGCUCUUUCCUUAUAAGGUACUAAAAGCUCUGGAUCCAGAAAUAUAUCGCAAUAUAGAAUUUGAUGCUUGGUUGGACAGCAGAAAAGAACUUCAAAAAUCAGAUUGCAUGGAAUAUGCUGGAAGACAUUACUAUUUAGGGGACAAGUGUCAGGUUUGCUUGGAACCAAAUGGAAAAUAUUAUAAUGCUCACAUUCAAGAAAUUGAAAAUGAUAAAAACUCAGUAGUAGUUUUCAUUGAGGAAUUGGCAGAAAUGGCUAAUGUAAAACCAGUCAACCAAGUGGCACUUCUUCCUACCUGGAAUAUUUUGCCAACUCGUAAAGGAAGAGGUUACCCGGCACGUACUACCCAGGAUUCAGCAUAGUAUGCAUUUUGGGCAUGACCCACUAUUGUACUACUCACAGACAGCUGGUCAUGUUAUGUCUAGUGACCAUUUCUACCCUCAACAUUCUUCUCAAAGACAAGGUCGCGGAUAUGGGAUGCCCAGGGAUUCAUCUCACUUAAUAAAUAGGCAAAACAUGCCAAGUUCUAAAGUUGGGUUUUACCCUGGUCCAGGUAGACGGUGCUGCCAGAGCUAUGAUAAUGUCUCAUAUAGGUCUCGUUCUUUCAGGCGUAGCCACCGUCAGAUGCAUUGUAUGAAUAAGGAAUGCCAGUAUGGUUUUGCUCCAGAAGAAACUGUUACAUUUUAUGCACUUGAAGAAGGGAAUGAGACUGCUUAUUCAACAUUACCUAGCAAUGGUGGUUCCCAUGCAAUGGUUCCUGUUACUUCAGGAUACUGUAUGGCAAGUCAGGGCUAUAACUCGUGCAAAACAAGUUUGAAUUCAGAAGACAGCAAUGCCCACUGUGACAGUGGACAAUAUCAUGGAGAUUAUCUUUAUUCUUCAGAACAAGGCUAUGAAACUUCCAGUGUAUAUACCACAACUGUAUCUACAGCAAACCUGUCUCUUCAGGACAAUGGACCAUGUUCUGUGCCUCAAGACACAGUUACCUCAUACAACUACCCCCAGAAGGUGUUAGAAAACUCUACAGAAAUUAGAGUUUCCUGGGCCAGCCAUGUUCCAGUUCCAGUCUUACCUAACUGUACAGGAAGUAAUCAAACUAUUAGUACCUCUGAUGUUUCCGAACAGAAUGCCAUACAGCCUGUCUUUGAACCUCCACCUGCACAAGACAGUCAAGCCUAUCUUCAGCCUCCAGCAGCAGCACCAGCAGCAGCAGGAGCAGCACCAGCAGCAGCAGGAGCAGCACCAGCAGCAGCAGGAGCAGCACCACUUCCACCGCCUCCUCCUCCACUUCCUGCGCCUCCUCCUCCACUUCCUGCUCCUACUUCUCUUGAAGCAGGAGAUGCUUCAGGCUUACAUCUACCACCACCAUUACCACCACCACCACCACCACCACCUUAUUCUUGUGAUCCAAGUGGAAGUGAUCUGCCCCAAGAUACAAAAGUUUUGCAGUACUAUUUCAAUCUGGGAUUGCAGUGCUAUCAUCAAAACUACUGGCACUCCAUGGUCUAUGUGCCACAUGUGCAGGAGGAGCAGCCACAGCAGCUUCAUGUAGAGAAUUAUCCAGAUUGUACUGAGCAACCUCUUGUAGACCAAAGUGUUCCGAAUUUGCACAGUGAUGUAGCGAGAGCAGAUGACACACAGGCAGAAGAAGCUUCAACAAAUGAUGCUUUUCCCGUUGCUGAUGCUGUACCUGUCCCUCAUGGACCAGUCUAUUACCCAGUAAUGACAGAUACCUAUGGCGCACCUUUGCCAGGUUUUGAUACCUACAUUCCUGUUGCAUCUGAUUAUCCCACUGUUGCCAUGUGGCAUCCAGUUGGCGCAGCAUAUGGUGGUUCUGCUCAGGUCCAUGGUGCUAUAAAUUCUGGGCCAAUCGGUUAUAUGCUUCUACCUAACUCACCUCAUUAUACCCCUCAGAAUUAAGAUUUGGCAAUAUGAAAUAUUCUUUGCUGCCAUUUUUACUUUUAUGGUUGAUAAAUGUUUUGUAUUAGUUCUUCAGUGGUUUAGGUAGUAAGAAUGUUCACUGUAUGUCUUUCAAAUUGUUUUACUUUUGAAGUAAAAUAUUGCUUUAAAACAAGGGCAUAUCACUUUGUGUUAUGAAUAUGAAUGCACAUCUAGUCCCUAUAAGCAAAUUUAUUGUAGACAGCUUCCUGUUAGCCAGCUUGUGAAUAUUGUAUUAACUGAUGUGCCAAUUGAUAAAAGAGCGGAAAACUUAUAAGCUGUUUUCUUAAGAUAUGAUGCAUCUUGAUCAACUGUUUAAAAUUGAUAUGAUUUUUGCUUUUCAAGAAAUAUAGAGAGGGAAAAACCAAACAAGAGCCUAUGCUCUUCGGGUUUCUUUAAGAAUUGUAAGAACUGGAUUGCAGUCUGAUGUUAAUUAGUUUUGAAGGGACAUGAUGUUCUGCUUUACAUUUGCCACAUAUGGUAUUGUUUAAUACUGGAUUUACAUAACUGUCCUACUGCACAGUAUUAUGGUGUCCUUUGCACAAUUUGCAGUAAAUAAAAGCUAGCAUUUAAAAUUGCCAAAA